CUGAGGCGGGGGGUCCCGCCGCGCGGGAGCCCGAGCCCGGGGCAGCCGCCGCCUCAUUAGCAGCGCCCCGCGGCCGCAGAGCGGCUGUAGCCGGGAAGAUGGCGAGUCGCCCCUGCCUCCUGCUCCUGCUCGGCGCCUUGGGGGCUCUUAGCUAUCACAAUCGUAUGGCGUAUGGCAUCUCUGUCAGAACGGACAAUAAUCAUGUUCAAGCAGAAGAGUUUAAGGAGGCUAUUCUUAGCUGCCGACCCUCGGUUCCAAAGACUAUUACUCCAAGAAUAGAAUGGAAGAAAAGAGGAACUGGUGGAGUCUCAUUUGUCUACUAUAAUAGUGCGUUUACAGGUGACCUUAAAGGUCGAGCGGAAAUGUUGAAUAUCGGCAUUCGCAUUAGAAACGUGACCCGAAAGGAUUCUGGAGAAUACCGUUGUGAAGUUAGUGCACCAGGCAAACAGGCACAAGAUCUGGCAGAGGCUACCAUUACUCUCACAGUGUUGGUGGCUUCAGCUACUCCAACAUGUGAAGUGCCCAGCUCAGCAAUGAGUGGAACAGUAGUAGAACUGCGAUGCAAAGAAAAUGAAGGUUCUCCUGCUUCUGAGUACAAGUGGUUUAAGAAUGGUGUUGCUUUAGUGGAAACUUCAGGAACAGGCAGUGCAAAAGCAAACAUUACUUAUGUCCUAAAUAAAAAAUCUGGAACCCUGUUGUUUAACACCGUUUCAAAGACAGACACUGGAGAAUAUUAUUGUGAAGCCUUUAAUGGAGUUGGACUUCCCCAGAAGUGCUCUGUGAAGCGAAUGCAAGUGGACGACCUUAAUGUAAGCGGAAUCAUAGCUGCUGUAGUAAUUGUGUCUCUGAUAAUGGCAUUAUGCGGACUUGGGGUAUUUCACGCACAAAGAAAGGGUUACUUUUCAAAAGAAAGCUCUUCUGGGUAAGAAGAAUUCUGACCAUCCACCUACAGCAAGUGAAAAGAAUUUCAAGCACACCAAGUCUUUUGUUAUUUAGAAGAUUUCAGCCUCUGUGAGGGACACCAAAUUCCUACUUGUUAUACAAUACAUCAAAGGGAUUUUUAAACUCUAUUCUGCAAAUAUUUUUAUUUGUUCUUUUUGGGGUACAUACUGAAAAUAAAUGUUGGAAUAUUCAGGAUCAGAAGAUAGACUUUGUUGUGAAAAGUAUUCCAGCUGUGUUCAUGUUUGUUUUUUUUUAAAUAUCACUUUCUUUAAUUUAUGGAUAGCAGUAAGUGGAUUAUAAAGUAAAUCAUGUCUAUGAAAGCUGCUCUUCAUCCUCCUUACAUGCAUAUUUAGUAAAGAAAUUUCUUGCUAAGCCAGCAAUUCAGGAUCAUGAGCUCUACAGAUUCGUUUUUUCUAUGACCUUUUACUGGAGGCUACUCUAGUAGUGUCUUUCUUGUCUGCCCCUAAAAGGCAAUAUGAAGGGCUCCAAUUUUGCUGUUUAGUAGUACAGUGUUCCAUGUUUACUAGUGCCUUAACUUUUUCUAACCUAUUUGACAGGAAGUCAGUGAACAAGUACUCUGAAACUGCUCAGGAAUGAACUUGGGCUGUCCUAAGUAUUGUUUACCUUCUGUGUAAUAGAAAGCUUCUAACCACUGUUAUGCUGUAUAACAAGUGUUAAUAUUUGUAGCUCCUUUUUCUACUGGAAGGUAUAAAGAUUUGUUAAGCUUUCUCUUUGCUACAGAUUUGUAUGUGUACAUUGCACUGUGAUGGAAAGUGGUGCCAACAAAACUAACGCAGCAUUAUUGCCUGGAUUUUGUUAGAACAGUAUUAAGAAAUAAAUGGCCCAUAGUGUCUGACAUGA